AAAUUAUGCAAGGUUACUUGGUUGAAGGAAAAGAAAUUAAUAAUGAUUAUUCUUAUGAAUGGUUAAAGGGUAAUCCUGAUUUAGUAGCAAUCGAAAAAGGAAUACCAAUCUUAUAUUUCAAUUAAGAAAUGUUAAAAAGAGAUUUGGAAAUGGAAUUUAGAGUAUAAUUAAGUUUUUAAGUAGUUGCAACGUAGAUUAACAGAAACAUAAUAUCAUAAUGAAAAUCUUCAUGAUUUUAAUCCUGAUAUCUAGAAAUUGAACAGAUAUAAUAACAUUAUACCAUGUAUAUAUAAUUUAAUCUAUAGUCAAACAUUCGAUUGUUAAGCUUAAAUAAGAAGGAGAUGAUGAGGAAAAUCUUAAAGACACUUAUAUAAAUGCUAAUUUUAUUAAUGUAUCAACAUUCUUUUUAUACAAUCUGUAGCUUAUUAAUGGUAAGGAGAAAAUGAUUAUUGCCACUUAAGGACCUUUAAAUUAAACUUUUUGGCAUUUUUGGAAAAUGACUAUUUAAGAAAAUAUCAGUAUGAUAAUGAUGCUUUGUAAUUUAAGAGAGAACUAAAGAGUAAUCUCAUUUUUUAUUAAUAUAGGCAUAAUGCGAAUAAUAUUGGCCAAAAAAUGUUGGUGAUUCUAUUCAAUGUGGAAAUAUUUAAGUUAAUUUACUCAGUUAAGAUGAUCUUGGAAAUAAUAUCAUCAAAAGAGUUGUGAAACUUACUCAAGAUUAGGAAGAAAAGACUGUCAUUCAAAUUUAAUGGUGUGGAUGGCCUGAUUAAGGUGUUCCUUCCCCCAGUGAUUUUGAUGUUAUGAGAGAACUUUUAAAUAUGAUUCAUGAAAAACUCAUGUCAGAUUAAAAAGUAGUUUUCCAUUGCAGGUAAUUUAAUUCAAUUAUUUUCAGUGCUGGAGUAGGUCGUACAGGUACCUUAAUUGCAUUAGCUAAUCUGAUGAUUUUAUUAAACGCAUAUAAAUAACAUAUUGGAGAGGAUAAUUCAAGUAUAUAUAUUUGAUUAAUCUAUGUAAGAACUUGAAGAAAAUCCAGAACUCUACAGAGUCUCAAUUUUUGGAAUAGUUCGUCGAUUAAGAGAAUAGAGAUGGGGAAUGGUUCAUACUUCAGAGUAAUACAUUUACAUAUAUAAAUUUAUUGAUGAAGCAAUAAGAUCAAUGUUUAACAAAUGAAAUGAUGA